UUAUAUGAAUUUUGUACCUUCGAGGCUUAUAUGAACGCAAAUAGUGCAUAUUAUGGGGCUGACGUGUGCGAAAGUUUUGAGGAAGAAAGUCUUGUUGACUAACGGCGUGUAAAUCGACAGUUGUCUUUAGCAAAACUAGAAACGUUCUAGAAACGACGGCGCAGACAGAUUUUUAGAGCGUGCCCGGAUGUGGCAGGCUGCUAUUGGGGUAUUCUGGGGUGCAAUGGACGACAGCAACGCAGUGAAGCUCUUUGUUGGGAAUCUGGAUUUGGAAACCACACAAGAUGACCUAAUAGCACUUUUUGCCCCUUAUGGAGAAGUGGUGCACAUAACUGUACUGAGGCAGUUUGCCUUUGUCCAUCUGCAGGGAGAAGGGGCUGCUGACCGUGCUAUCCGUGAUCUGAAUGGUCGAGAAUACCGUGGCCGGAGCCUUGUAGUUGAGGAAUCCAAAGGGAGGCCCCUCAAUUCCACCAAAGUAUUUGUGGGCAACCUGUGCUCUUCCUGUUCAGUUGAAGACCUGUAUGAUCUCUUCUCGGCUUACGGAAAAGUACUUGAUUGUGAUAAAGUAAAGACAAAGCCCUCCUCAUUAACAGGCUACGCCUUUGUGCACAUGGAGCGUAAAGAGGAUGCAGAACAAGCCAUUGAGGGUCUUCACGGAACCUCUUUUAUGGGGCGUCCACUUGCAGUGGAGCUCUCAAAGGUACAGCAGACUGCAAACAAGGUUCCAUGUGCCAGUUGCGGUGCACAUGGCCACUUUGCAGGAGAAUGCCCGAUCAACAGGCCUUCAAUGGAGCACCACCAGAGUCAGGCUGCUGUCUUGGCUGCAGCUGCCGCUGCUGCUGCCGGACUUCCCCUUCAGGUGCAGCAGAGUGUCCACAACUCUUUUUACAAUACUGCGAGCACUGACCCAACGUUUGCAGCUCUGAAAGACCUGACCACUUCCAGGGUUGAUGGCAAACCUGUGAGUGCUGCAGUCUACGGAGCCCUGGCGAGUCAAGUCUACAGUGCUGUAGCAGACCAGGUGCUGAACAGGUCGACAAGCCAAGCUGCAGAUGGCUACCCCACCGAAGGAGAAGCGCCGCCGGGGGCUGCAGCUGUUAACCCAGCCUAUGGAGCAAAUUGCUCUCUGUACAGUGCCAGUCCAGCUUAUGGGACCAUGGGAGGCACGGAGUCUGACCCCCAAGCCGUCUUUGAAGCUGCUCGGGCCCGAUUCUUUGAGCAGGGUCAACAAGUGCUGGCUGAACAGCAGGCGGUGACCAAAUCUGACCGAGACCGAAGUCCGGUACGACGUUCUACCCCAUUACUGCCCGAUCCAGUUGCCCAGCCGUACUCCCAGACACGACCCAAACGACGGGCCCUGCUCCCAACACCACCUGGUGGUCCAGAACUACCUGCAGUUAAAAAUGGCGACCCAAUUGCAAGGUGCUAUGCAGAGUACUACCAACAGUACCAGCAGUACCAACAGUACCAACAAUACCAGCAGUACCAGCAAUAUCAGCAGUACCAGUACAGCUUUCCGCCACCACCUCCACCCGCUCAGAUGCCCAUGAUGCCACCGGGCCCAGUGGAUGUGCAACAGAUGUCGGCCCCAGGCACCACUGCUUCACCAAGAGUGUAUGAGCCAACUUCAACACAUAAGGAGCCCCUCCUACGCCGACCUGAUUACCCUUACCAGCACACAUCUGAGUCCCCAUAUCGAUAGCCUCCACCUCACAAGUGUAUGCACGCAUGUUUGGAUGUGAAAAUGUGUGUGUGUGAGUUUUGGUCCUACAUGACAAGAAACUGGAGGAAAGGGAUAAAUCGAAUUAUUACUGCAACAUCAGUUUGACGUAGUUGAUAUUGUAGUUUGGCAGUAUAAUUUCUCCCCUCAUAAUGUUAAAUAACUCCAUUAUGUACAGAAUGUAGAAGUUUACAAGGCCAUGAAAGUUUAGAUUCUGAGCUCCUCUCGGUUUAAUUUUUUUUAAAAUUUUUCCCCCCCAGAAGUGCUCAGAAUUGCAUUACCUGUCACUUUUAUAGAUAAAGUACUGUUUGACCAUUGUAUCGGGUCAGACAUUCUUCGAAGUCAAAUGAUUGUGCCUUGUGAAAAUAAACUUUUUUUGUGUAUGUACAGACUUUUGUAAAUCUAAGUACUUCAGAUCAGGUACAGUUUUAUUAAAUUAAUUGUUCAACAAAGGAGCAAGCUUAAAAUAUCUUAAUCCAAAUGGUCUUCAUUCAGUUGUAUUUGGCUUGGACUGAUGUUAAAUUUCACAGUGACUAGGAAGACAGUGUAGUUUAGCUAGAAUGUACAGAGGACCUGUGUGAAGUCUUUGUGUGUGUGUGUUUGUGUGAGUGAGUGAGUGAGAACACAAUGUUAACAGUUCUGCUGAUCCCUUAGCUUUCACAUGAGCACCACAAUCGCAUACACAUCAGACCUAUUCCGUAUAUAUCUAUUUGAGUGAGGGAGGGCAUAUUAAGAUGACACCAUACCAAACAAAUCCCCAAACAUCUACUUAAAUGCUCUAACCACUGCCUCACUUGUGCAGAUGGAUACACCUGCCCAGUUCGGCAACAUUAAAACUGAUAUUAAAAUCGUCUUUUGGAAAAGAGAGGGUAUGAAUAGAUUCAUUACAAAAGGGACACGCUUGUCACUCAAGAAGUAUAUUCGUGGUUCUAAAUGUUUUUCAUCGGAUACCUUUAUUGACUCUGAAUGAGUUUGAGAUGUCCUUGUUGCUAAAUACCAAACAGAACUGGUUCAAUAGCCUGCCAGUAGUGAAUAUACUUGUUUUGCAGGAUAUAAAGAGCAAACGACUGCCAUCUCUGGCUUUGCAUCCCUCUCUUACAUGGACAGAAUACUUGGGAGUAUUGACUUACAUAAGUGGAAACCCCUUAAAUGACCUUAAGAUAGAAUACGUUUUUUUACAUUCUUUGUUUCUUCUGAAAGUAGCCCCAUGCAAUUACUAUUAUGUUUCUCUGACCAUUUAUUUUGUUCACAUUUACAUUGAUCAUAGUCUCUUUAUCCUUAGAGUCAUGUGAAUUGAUUCCAGGGUCUUUGGGGUGGGAACGCUUAUUAUUUAGGGAUGGGAAGUGUAAAACCUGUUCAGGCCUGACAUAUAGCUAGUUAAGGCAAUUGGUUCAUAGUGAAACAAAAAAACAGUGAAGUGCUUCAUACAAUUGUAUUUUUUUGUUCUUAAGGGAAAAAAAUGUUUUCCCAGUUCAUGAGCAUUUUAGGCAAUUCAAUUAAACAUUCAUGUUAUAACAUAAA